UAUCGUUCUCAGGUGGUUUUAUCGUUGUGUUUUACAUUUGGUCUUCCUUCAUGCGACCGAAUAUGUGGCUAUGGGCUUUCAUGGAAAGUUGAAGUUUUGUUUUAGUUUAGUCGCCGUCGCCUCGACUGCUGCUGGAAUUUUUUUCAUUUAUGUGUGCUCGCGAAUCAGUUGUCAAAAUGCGAGCAAAGGAAGCAGCAUGGCGGAAUAUAAAGCUGGAAGGGUUAAUUAUUUUGAAGGAAACAUCGGAAAAGAGUUUCAAUUCGAUCUCGAAGGAAAUGAUAUAAUUGUAUUCUUGCACAUGCAGAAAACCGGCGGAACGAAAUUUGGUAAACAUCUGGUGAAAAACUUAGACAUAAAACAUCCAUGUGACUGCGUACGUAGGAGGAAGAGGUGUGAUUGUAGGCGACCCAACUCAAAUGAGAUAUGGUUGUUUUCACGUUACUCUAUGGGAUGGCCUUGUGGACUGCACGCCGAUUGGACUGAAUUGAAAGUUUGUGUUCCAGGGCUUAUAAACAAAUCGGAAGGUGGCAAAAGAUCUAGGAAAUUCCUUUAUAUAACGAUCUUACGCGAACCUGUAUCAAGGGUGUUGAGCGAGUUAAAGUGUUACCAGAAAGGUACAACAUGGAAAAUGUCUUUGCACAAGUGUAACGGCAGAGUCCCAACUAAAGAAGAACUUCCACCAUGUUAUACUGGAGAAAACUGGGAAGAUGUCACGCUGCAAGAAUUUUUGAACUGUUCAUCGAAUCUGGCCUUCAAUCGGCAAACGCGGAUGUUGGCUGAUUUGGAACUUGUUGGUUGUUACAACAGAAGCGCGAUGUCACGCGUUCCGAGAGAGGAGAUUUUGUUAGAAAGCGCUAAGAGAAAUCUUGCGAGUAUGGCGUAUUUUGCUCUGGUGGAGUACCAGCUUGAAAGUCAAUAUCUAUUCGAGAGAACCUUUGGAAUGAAAUUUCGACAACAAUUUGUGCAAAUGAGUAAGGAAGAGACUCGAGCGGCUGAGGUAGUUCCUAGUUCUAAGGAUCUUGCGCGUAUUCAAGAACUUAACAAACUAGACAGCAAGUUGUAUUCCUUCGCCAAAGAACUGUUCUUUGAAAGACUGAAAUAUUUUAAAGAACGGGACAAGGAAGGCAUAUCUCAGGUGUGAUCUUCUUUGUGAAGCCUCCAUACGCCAUCAUUUUCUUUCCGCACAUUUAUUCAUUGUUAUAAUUUUUUACGCAAUCCGACACCUGAACGAAAUUAGGUUCCAUAUGAAACCCGUGAAUUUUUUAUCAUUUAUUCAGACAAGAUUAUAUUGCGAUUUCAACUUUGUUCCCUCUAAAUUAUGUAAAAGCUUAAAAGUGCCACUAUUUUGCUUUUGGAACAGAAAUUGUUUUAUAGUAAAUGUUGGUAAAGAGGGAGGUUAAUCAGGUGAUUUUGCACAUCACGUAUUUGCGUCGACCUUAUUCGAAAUGGCCCUAUUCCUAGUGGAGUGUUCUUAAAUUUAAAAUCCUUGGCUCGAACUGGCCAGGGGGAAAAUAGAAGGUUACCAAAAAAAAUGUAAUAAAUGAAUCUUUGGUGGUCUCUCAGAUAUCCAAUACAGUCAGGCGUUUUAAGGUUCUUUGUUCCUUUCGCUUGGAUUCUUAGGCCUGGUGCAGACCAAUGGAACCAGCUAUUUUAACUUGCCUGAUAAACAAAUUAAGAAAUAUAAACAAAACAUGAAAGUGAUCUAAGGUGCUGUUCCUUGAAAGUUGAACUGGAAUUUAAACCGAAAUUGGAUGAAAUCCAAUACGGUCUCAACAAGUUUUGCUUCUACACGAAGGCUUACUUUAUUUUCAUUUUUAAAAGUCUCCUCUUGUAGUGUUAUUUUGUUUUUAAACAUAAUAAUGGCAUUCCUCCUCUGGGAAGGGAGUGUGUUGCAUAAAGAGCUGAGCCUCGAGUAAACUGAAACAUGGGAGGAAGUGUAUUGCAUAAAGAGCUGAGCCUCGAGUAAACUG